AUGUGGGAGAUCAAGGAGACAGCGGCUCACGUGUCUGCUGCCAGGGCGAACAUACUGCAGGCAGUGCGAGAGGUCCUUGGAGACCAUGGUGUCCAAGAGGAGAAGAAAGAGGAAAUUCUGCAGUUGACUCAGGUGGCAAUUAAGAACGUGCUUGAAAACUACCUCCCGAUGCCUGACUGGGCUCUGGAAGCCAUAGGUGCCACCAUUGAGGAGGAGAGGACAUCCAAGAGUUACGGUGGGCAAGGCAAGAAGAGCUGGUGGCUUUCUCCAUUCGGCUUCUCUUCUGCAAACCCUCCAGAGACGAUCUUGCAGCCCCAUAUUGCCCCUGGCAACUGCUGGGCUUUCCAAGGAUCUCGGGGCCGCAUGGUCAUCCGGCUGCCUGAGCAGAUCUGGCCAAGGGCUUUCACCAUCUGGCAUAUCUCCGGGGCAGUCUCUCCUUCCGGAGAAGUCAGCAGCACCCCCAAAGAGUUUGCCGUCUCCUUAAGUCUUUGCCUUGGCGUGGAUGAGGCAAGGGCAGAAACUCUUCUGGGGACAUUCACCUACGAGGUGCACAAGGAGGUGGCUCAGACAUUCCACGUGCAGAAGGAGCUUCCCAGGACCUUUCGCUACAUCAAAUUCGAGGUGCAAAGCAACUGGGGAAACCCAGAGUACACGUGUGUGUACCGAGUACAGGUUCAUGGGAAGACGGCACAGCACGUUUGCUGGAGCGAGUUGGGAGCGAGGGGAGCUGGUGACGACAGCAGGCACCAGCCUUCUGGUGGAAGCUUCCUCUGGCUGCUGCGCAGUAUCCUCUCCUUUGGCUUCACAGAGGCAUUCGGCAUCGUCCUGCUCUGCUCCACCUUCCUCUUCCUCUUCGUCCUGCUCUGGCCCCUCUUUGUGCUGCAGGACCAGGUGCUGCCGGCCCUGCUCGUCCUGGGGAGAGCCGCGCCCCCUGUUGCCAAGAUCUUCCUCACCCGCCUGCUGCCAGCCCUGGCUGACUUCCUCACCGUUCUCUUCCCACCCGUCCUCCUCUUCCUCGGCAUCAUACACCUGCUGGUGCCGCUGCCAAGCUGA